CUGAGGUAUUUACUAUGGGAACUGACCCAGGGGGGUCAGGAAAUGGCGCUUCCACCAAUCGAGAAGGAGUCGAACGAGCAGACUGUAGAGGAGUUGAGAGUCGAAUUGGAGAUGGUUCGAUAGGAGCUGUCAAAAAAGAACGAUCAUAAGAAGACCACUGAAAGAUUGAUGAUGAUCAUCGAAGCCCAGCAGCGGACAAUUAACGACCUAACAGUUAAAUUAGAUCUCCUACUGAAAACCCAGUUCGCUGUGAUACGGGGUUUUGUGAUAACUCGAGGGGUGAGGUAGACUGUAGUGAG